UGAUAAAUUUGAUAACUUAUUAACAAACUCACAAAUAUUCAAAGGACGGGAAAAUGCUCAAAAAUUAUACAAAAGAUCUUAGGUGUUGGAUGAGCUUAAUGGUGGUGGAGAAUGCUUCAAUAAACACACCAAAAGAUGAACGGUUAUGUCUAUUUCAUGGGAAUCAUGUACCGUCAACGAUUGUCUCUCACGAUUAACACUAAAAAGGGGAUGGAUGAUUGAGUGCUUGCCUCCGGACUACGAAUCUUCCGACUAUUGAUAAUUAUGUGUCUUUCUCAAAGUAACACUUCUCACAUAAAUUAUAUAAAAUUCGUGAAUCUACUCAAUCUAAUAACUAAUAAGAAUACCUUUAAUAACUUAUUCUUUUGUAUUCAUUUCCAAUAACUUCAACUUUACUUCUCAAAUUUAAGAUAAGGUUAACAAAAAUAGCUAAGACGUGACUUUUCCAAAUCACUUAGAACCCAAAGUUUAGUAGCCGUCUAUGCAAUUGAUCCACCGUAAGGCCGUAAUAGCAAGGCCAGCUGGUUGAACACAGAAUCCCCGCUAAAUAGCUCUGCUUUGGCAAUUGCCUGCGCCGUCCCACUACAACUUGUGGUUUGGCUGGAAAAUGGUCUUCACCCUCUCGACUGCAGCCCCGUGGCUUCUACGGAAGGCAUUUCAACAGUUCGCACUCGUCUCUCAGCCUUUCCCUAAGCCUUCGAAUCUCUCUUUCCAUGGAACCCUUCGCUUACCUCCGGUGGCCUCGCCUCCUCCGAGCCGACAAGUAUCAGGCAUUUGUAGCUCGGCACAAGCUAUGAAGAAUCAAGUUGAUGGGUUGCUCAACGGUGUAGCAGAUAAAGCCGUCAUUGAAGAAGUGAAACACGUUCUUGAAAUGGCUACUAGGGCUACACGUGAUAGACAAGUUCUCCAUACCGAUUUUCUCACACCGCCAACAGUGAGAGAGUCGAUGCUGGCGUUGGAGAAACUGGCUGACAUUACAGCAGUUGUCCAAGGAGGAUAUCCGCAGGCUGAGCGUUGCCGGAUUUCAAUUGGGCAUCCUGAAGUAAUUGCUGACAAAGAUGCAGAUGCGGUUGCAGCAUUGAGUAUAACAGGAAACUUUGGAUUCGUAUCCUGUACUCAUGGUGACUUCUUAGGUUCAAUUCUUGGUACAGGAAUUGUCAGGGAAAAGUUUGGGGAUGUGUUGCUAUUGGAGGGAGGUAAAGGGGCACAAUUUUUAGUGGUUCCAGAACUUGUUGACUUUAUGACAUCCUCAUUAAACAAGGUCGGAAGUGUUUCCGUUUCUUGUACGAGGAUACCCCUGCAUGAUCUUGAUUAUCAGCCUCCACAGACCAAGACAUUUAGAACAGUAGAAGCAUCACUGAGGUUAGAUGCCCUGGCCAGUGCAGGUUUCAAAAUCUCUCGGUCCAAGCUUGUCGAUUUGAUCAGUAACCGGGAUGUGCGAGUGAAUUGGUCCACGGUCACGAAAAACAAUACCAAUUUGAAGAGUGGAGAUAUCAUCUCAGUCAGCGGGAAAGGAAGAAUGAAGGUAGGUGAAAUAAACAAUACAAAGAAAGGGAAGUUUGCCGUGGAGCUCAUUCGAUACAUUUAAACCAGUCUCAAUCAAGCAGAGCUCAUUCCUUCUGUCAGCCAGGUAAAAACUGUUAUAGAUGCUGAAUUGUCUCGAGACAUUGGUUGUUGUACCUAAUAUGAUUCUUGUUAAUGCAGAUUCUGUUUCAUGAUCAUAUUACGACCGAUGAAAAUACGUCACACCCGGCAACUGCUCGUUCAUUUUGUGUUCUUGUCUUGUAUGCAUCUUGUGUAGACUGAAACGUGAUUCCGGUCUCCAGAGACGAGAGAACACUAAUGGGCUUCGUGAUUGAUUGCGUUAGUUUGGACUUUGGAAGUAAGGAGCCCAGUAGAUAAUUUUCCUUUGGGCCCUCACUCCUUAGUCUGCACAGAGGACUCGUGAGCCUUGAAUCUUUUCAGGCUUGUUUGAUGGGCUUGGACCCAGUUUGAGCGUCGAGCAUUUUGCUAAUCCCACAAAAGUUUUAGCUUAACAUGUGGUGGUGUAUGUGUAGGUGUAGGAUAUAUAGUAUAUUAAUACUAUAACACAUUAGGCAAAUCCCACGGCAACAAAACACGAGAGAGAUCCAUAGUUCAUAAAUAAAAGUCUGGCCUUAAUUGUCAAGACGUGUUUUGGGGUGAAAUGGAGUAGUUCUUAUGAGAGUUUCGAAGUUAAACGUGCUCGGUGUGGAGUAGAACAAAGAUGGGUGACCUUAUGGGAAAUCACCUUGAAUUGCACCUCAAGUCGAAAACCGUGAGGGUGGAGGCCCAAAGCAGACAAUAUCUUCGUCGGGAAAAGGUUCGGGAUGUUACAAAUAUCAUACACCAUCGACGAUAACUCAAAUUAUUUUAUAAGAUUAUAAAAAAAAUAUAUUGAUAAAUGAUAUGUAAGCUU